GUUGCCAUCCGCUUUCAGGUGUAUUACUACCAGGCAGGCAAGGAUGUCAUCCCAAGUACUUAUGGAGGCAGGAUUCAGCCUCCGUAUUCUCCUGGCACGACAAAAAACGCCUCAAUAACAAUAAGCAACAUGCAACCAUCAGAUUCCGGAGUCUACACUUGUCAGGUUCACAACUUGCCUGAUGUGGACGGACAGUCUGAGGUCAAUAUCAUUGUGAAUGUUCUCGAGAGGCCCCAGUGCUCUUAUUGCUCCGUCACGGUGAUGUGGAGUCCGGGUCACCUGGUCACUCUGACCUGCCACAGUGAGCGUGGGAGCCCGAGCCCGAAAUACGCUUGGACCAAACUGGAUCAGACUAAGACAAGGAGGCCUGUCCUGGGGAAGAGGUCGUGUGUGUCAACUGAAGCAGGAAUCCUGGAAAUAAGAAACAUAUCCCAGUUUGAGUUUGGGGAGUACCAGUGCAACGCUACAAAUGCGGUGGGAUUUUCAACAUGCACUAUUGACCUGAGUCAUGAAGUGGGAGAUGGAGUGAUUGCUGGUGCAGUGAUCGGCGCGUUGCUCGGGUGUGUCCUGAUCAUUCUGGUUGUGUGGUUCAUUGCUCACACUCUGAAGAAACACAGAUACAACAAGGUCAAAGAAUCAGAGGCCAAUGAGAUGAAGAGGAGCGCUCCUCAGGCCCGGGAAACCUCAGAUAGGGUUACCGUGGCAACCCCAGCCAGCAACCUCCAUGCCGAGGGAGAUGAGCCACAAGCCUAAAAAAAGCCUGUUGAAAACGUCACUCUUCAGAAACAGGGAGUCCAGGAUGUUCAGUCUUUAACAUACGUCAUUCUCAAAUUUAAUCAAUAUGACGAAGCUCACGUUCGUGUUUGAACUUGCAUAUUGUUACAUGUUUUCUGAAUCAUGGAGUCAUAUGCUCACCAUUAAUUCAAUCUUUAACAUAUCUUUUGUGUGUUUUUUUACUUAAAAUGUGCUUUUGUAGUUCUAUUGUUUGUUUUACCAUUUCAUAGUUAGAGUGCCAAUCAAAACAUGUUAAAGAGCCCUACAUUAGUCAUUCAAGCUACAUAAUAUUAGAACAAAUACAUUAAUUGUAUGAAAUAGGACAUUAAAAAUGAAACUAGAGGGUGGAAUCUGCAUUAUGCAAA